AUGGAUGAUGUGGUUCAAGAUCAAGAGGUUGAGCAUGCUAACAUGGAUGAUGUGGUACAAGAUCAAGGUGGUGACCAUGAUAACUUUGAUUAUGAUGACUUUCAUUAUGAGAACUUUUCUCAUGAUCACUUUGAUCCUUUUGAUGGAGAACAUUAUCAACCACCAGAAGAUGAGAAUGUUGAAGACCAUCAGUCUGAACAUGAAAAGUCUGCUGACAGUGAUGAUCUUGGGCAACAAUCAGAAGAACAAUAUGAUGAACUUGUUGAUGAUGAAAACAAUGUAUCAGAAGUGGAGGUGGAUAUGACUGACUUUAACCUCAAUCUUGAUAAGGAUUAUGGUUAUGUUCAAAUGGAUGGGUUUCAUAACGGGGUUGGGACAAAUGAUGAACAUGAGGACAUAGAAGUCAUUGACAAUGAUAGAUGGGAUUCUUUAGAUGAAGGGUCAGAAGAUGAAAGGAAAAGAAGAUGUGUUCUUAAAAAUCUGGCUAAGGAGAAAAGAUGCAGUCUUGGCAAUAUCCAUAAGGCCAGUUUUUAUGUUGGGCAAAAGUUUAAAUCAAAGAAAGAAUUGAAAGAAAAAAUUGACAUGCACGCACUAGAAACUAGGAGGAAUUUAUAUUAUAAAAAGAAUGACAAGCUUAGACUUCGGGCAUUGUGUAGAGGUGUAGUCCCUGUCAUCAAUGCAAGUGGGGUGGUGGGCCUUAAUACCAAAAAUAAAAGCAAGGGCAAAGAGGUAAAUUCAGAAAAAGUAAACUGUAGUUGGUUCCUUCAUGCUUCUAGGUCAAACACAGAAUCUCCCUGGUUUGUAAGGACAUUAAAUGACAACCAUACUUGCCUUCAAAGUAGGAAGAUUAGAGCUUGCACUGCUACUUUUAUAUCCAAGCGAAUCAUGGACCAAAUUGACACGAAUCCAGGGAUUCCUCUUCGAGCUUUGCAGGAACAACUUCAAAAGGACUUCGAGGUUGGUGUUUCUAUUGACAAAGUAUUCAGGGCCAAGGCUAUUGCAACUAAGAUCGUGGAGGGUGACUAUACGAAACAAUAUGAGAUCUUGAGGGACUAUGUCCUUGAAUUGCAAGCAACCAAUCUUGACACAACUGUCAAGAUUGAUGUUUACAAUAAACAAAACCCAUCAAACCCAACGAGGAGGUUUAAAAGAAUCUACAUUUGCUUAGGUCCCCUGAAAAAAGGUUUUAAGGCUGGCCUCAGGGAUCUUUUGGGUUUCGAUGGUGCGCAUAUAAAAGGACCAUUUCCUGGGCAGGUUCUAACAGCAGUUGGGUUGGACUCUAACAAUGGUAUUUACCCCCUUGCUUAUGCCAUUGUUGAGACAGAGAACAAAAGUAGUUGGGUAUGGUUCUUGCAGUGUUUAGGAGAAGACUUGGAUCUUGGUUCAAACUCUAACUUUACUUUUAUCACAGAUCGACAAAAGGGUUUAAUACCAGCAAUAGCCCAACUAUUCCCAUGUGCUGAGCACAGGUAUUGUCUCAGGCACAUACAUCAGAACAUGAGAGUGAAAUGGAAAUUGAAAGAGUACAAGGAUCAUUUAUGGAGAUGUGCAACUGCAACCACUGUACCUGAAUUUGAACAUUGCAUGAAAGAAUUUAGCAACUAUGACAAGGAGGCAUGUGAAUGGCUUAGAAAGAUUCCUCCAAAACACUGGGCAAGAAGCCAUUUUACAGGCAGAGCAAUCUCUGAUAUACUGUUAAACAACCUUUGUGAGGUAUUUAACAGCAAGAUAAUAGAGGGAAGAGAUAAGCCUAUCAUAGGUUGUUUGGAGUGGAAUGGGGGUGAGAAAUACCAAGUCACUGGGGCAUGGCAAGACCAACAUGUUGUAGAUGUUAGGAACAACACAUGUACUUGCAGAAAGUGGGAGCUAAUAGGCAUCCCAUGUAAACAUGCCAUUGCAACCCUUUAUGAAAUGACCAAGAACUCAGAGGAUGUUGGUGACAUUUACAGGUGGGUCAAUAAGGUAUACUGGUUGGAUACAUGGAAGAAUGCAUAUUCCUAUAAGGUAGAGCCCAUAAAAGGAAGAAUAAUGUGGCUUAAAAGUUUGUGUCCCACCACACUUAUCCCUCCAAUACAUCACAAGCAACCAGGUAGGCCUACAAAGAAGAGGAAGAAAAGUGAGGAUGAAAAAUUGAGUCAGAGUCAAAGAGGGAGUCAAAGUCAGACUGGUACUCAUGGUGUAAGUCAGGAAGAAGGCUGUAAAGUGGGUCCUGAUGGAGUUCAAAAAUUAACAAGGAAAUAUGUCAGUGUAACAUGUGCAAAAUGCAAAAACAAAGGUCACAACUCAAGGACAUGCAAAGGUCAAGGAGGUGGAAGUUAG